AUGCGCCAGCGGAGGAGUGCAGCAGUGCUGCAGCUGGCUGCUUUCGCUGGCCUCGGUCUGCCCUUUCUGCUGCCAGCUCCGGUCAGGUCGACUGCCGCACGACUGCCGGCGGCGGCGGCUGCUCUGGCACCCGCCGCAGCUUUGGCCCAGGAUGAGGGGGGCGACCCAGUCGGCACGCUGCUGACAGUGCUGGGCUUCGGAGUGGUGCUCCUCGGUUUCGGUUUCGUCUUUUGGGUCUUCUCGCUUUCUCCUGCCACAGAUUCCAGCGGCAAGGUUAAGGCGUCCUCUCUGCAAGGGAUGGCCAACAUCGAGGACACCCUGGAGAAGCUCGAAAGCAUGACGCCGGAAGAAGCCGACGAAUAUCAGAUGAGCCGCGGAGGCCUCAAGAAAGAGCAGCCCAAGGAGGAGGAGGCAGCAGAGUUUGUGUAUCAGCCGGUGCAGGGUGCGGAUACGAUCUACACGGUCCUCAAGGAUGGAUCGGGCUACGGAUACGUGGAGCCUGGCGAUGAGGUGACCGUCCAUGCUACGGGCCUCGUCCGGGACACCAAGACAAAGUUCUGGAGCACCAAGGAUCCGGGGCAGGAGCCGUUCACCUACACCGCGGGUGGAGGUGUCAUCAAGGGCUGGGACUACGGAGCCAGAGGAAUGCGCAAGGGCGAGGUCAGAGGCCUUCGCAUCCCUGCAAGCGAAGGCUACGGCCCCCGGGGCUUCCCUUCCUGGGGCAUCCCGCCGGAUGCCGACCUGCUCUUCGAGAUCGAGGUCCUGGACAUCAAGCGGAAUGGGCAGCCCAAGUGA